UUUUUGAUUUGUAAUGCUGUCACCUUUAUAGCCGUUACCUUUUACCUGUUAUCUCACACGUCAUGCAGAGCAAGGCGGAACACAGGUCAACUUUAUUUGGUUAAUAAUUACCAUUAAAGGAGCGCCUAUUAAAAAGGAUCUGUCCACAGCUGCCAUUCCCACUGAACAACAGCCACCAUGGAGCUGCGUCUCUCCACUUGUGUCCUGCUGGCACUUUGCAUGACUUGGAGGGUAAAUGGAGGAAAGAUUUUAGUGUGGUAUACUGAAGGCAGCCACUGGAUUAACAUGAAGCCGGUGCUGAACACGCUGAUCGACAGAGGACAUCAGGUGACGGUCCUGGUCCCAAGCUCAUCAUUAUUCAUGAACAUCAGUGAACCCUCACGUUUUCGCUACGAACCCUUCAAUGUCUCUGUUACAGUGGAGGACAUGGAGGGAUUGAUGAACGAAUUCUUUAAAUUUUUCAUGUAUGAGAUGGAUCAUAUGAGCUACUUGCAGAUGUAUCUCAGAUUUGUAGAGUUAAUAAACACAGAGAUAAAGACUCUUUUAAAGGUAUUGGACGGUGUGCUGAAAUCAGAAACCAUCAUGAAGAAGCUGAAGGAGGGAAAUUAUGACCUUCUCUUGUCUGACCCCUUCCACCCUGGCAGUGACUUAGUAGCAGAUGUUUUGGGCAUUCCCCUCAUCUUCUCCUUGCGCUUUUCCAUAGCUAAUAACUGGGAGAGGCUGUGUGGUCAGAUACCUGCUCCACCUUCCUUUGUUCCUGGUGCUUUGAGCAAACUUACAGACAGGAUGGAUUUCUCAGAGAGAAUAUGGAACGCUCUUUUCAUCGCUCUGCAGGACAUUGUGAAAGAGUACGACAUGUGGAAAGAAAUAGAUAAAUAUUACUCCGAAGUCAAAGGAACACCCACCAGUGCCUGUGAGAUGAUGGGCAGAGCAGACAUCUGGUUGCUGCGACUCUACUGGGAUUUUGAUUUCCCUCGUCCUUUCCUCCCCAACUUCAAAUAUGUUGGUGGGAUCCACUGCAGACCGGCUAAACCUUUACCAAAGGAAAUGGAACAAUUUGUCAAUAGUUCUGGAGAUGCUGGCAUCGUGGUCUUCACAUUAGGAGCCAUGAUCAAGAACAUCACCACACAGAAGGCAAACAUGAUAGCUGCAGGCCUCGCUCAGAUCCCUCAAAAGGUGCUGUGGAGAUACAGUGGAGAAAAACCAAAAACUCUGGGUCACAACACCAAAUUAUACGACUGGAUCCCUCAAAACGACCUUCUGGGUCACCCUAAAACCAGAGCUUUCAUCACUCAUGGUGGCACAAAUGGGAUUUACGAGGCCAUCUACCACGGUGUUCCAAUGGUGGGCAUCCCACUGUUUGGUGACCAGCCAGACAACUUGGUCCACAUGAAGGCUAAAGGAGCUGCAGUUACUAUGGACCUGAACUUCAUGAAGAGUGAGGACCUUACAGAUGCCAUCAACACGGUCAUCAAUGACAAAUCGUACAAGGAAAAUGCUAUGCGACUGUCCAGUAUCCACCACGACAGACCCAUGAGUGCCCUGGAUGAGUCCGUGUUCUGGAUCGAGUUCACCAUGAGAAACAAAGGGGCAAAGCACUUGAGGGUCCAGGCCCACCAGCUCACCUGGUACCAGUAUCACAGCCUGGAUGUCAUAGCCUUCCUCCUCACCAUAGUUCUGCUCCUGAUAUUCCUCUUUGUCAAGCCCUGCAGCUUCUGCUUCCAGAGGUGCUGUGGCAGGAAAGGAAAGACAAAGAGAAAGGCUGAGUGAUGGACUGAACAGAAGUGUGGCUGAUAAAGAACUUAUGUGUGAAUAUACUGGUUGUGUAUUGGUGUAAAAACAUGUAACGUCACCCGGAUUUGAGAAUUUGUUACUCUUUUUUGGCUUGGUCUUUUAAAUAUUAAUUGCUGAUAUGUGUGCUAAUUUUCAGAAGUACAAUGGAUGUCAGUUUCACAGUAAAUUCUGAAUGUUCAUUGGCUGGUGAGAAAAUAGGGCUGGAUGCUUCAGAUCUGUGGUUGCUGUCCCACCAACUGGUCUAGUCUCUAUCAUGUCUACUUUGGGAUGCUGCUGCUGACCUUUCUAUAGCCCACUGCUUCCAGCUGUCCAUUUCUACCAGUCUACUCUGUUUUGCCCUCACUAUACUUGAUAUGCUCAUCGACACACUGUUUGAAUUUUACUACCAGUUAUAUAUGUAAUAUAUUUCAUAUCAGGGCCUUAUACCAUAAGUGUAAACUUAUGAAUCAAUUUCACUGUUAGCUUGUACUUCGUAUCGUCUAGCUUAUCAUGCAUGUAUCCAAGUGUGUGUUCUAUGUUCCUUGUUCCCCACCCUCCUCUUCUCCCAUCCCUCCCCUCUCCAAGUCUCCACCUCUCCCUCCUCCGUUCCUCUCAACUGGAUGGUCCCCCCACAUAAAGAGCCAGGUUCUGCUCAAGGUUUCUUCCCUAAUAAAAGGGAGUUUUUCUUGCCAAUGUCACUUUUGGGUUUGCUCUAGGGUUCAGACAUGUGGGCUCUGUAAAGCACCUUGAGACAAUUUGACCUGUAAUUUGCAACAUGUAAAUAAAAUUGAAUUCAAUUGAAUUUAAGAAAAAGAAAAUAAAAAAAGCAACAAGAGA